AUGUUAAAAACAAUCACGAAUAGAAUAACUGUUAAAUCACCAUUAGUAACUUUGAGCAUCAAAAACGCCACACGUGGUUUGGCUCAGUUUACUCCACCAUCACAUAUAACGAACCAAACUGCUAAGGCCUUUCAUCCAAUUGAUAAUAAAUUGGAUUGGGAUAGAUUGAAACAAUCACUUGAUAAAUUCAACAAUUCCACAAUGGAUAUUCCAUUGGUUAUCAAUGGUGAAAAAAUUUACAAGGAUAGUAACAUAUCCAUACAAACCAAUCCAGCCAAACACGAACAUAAAUUAGCCACUGUUGCUCGAGCCAAUGAGCAAGAUAUUUCUAAUGCUAUUAAAGCAUCGUUAAACGCUAAAAAAAUUUGGUUUGAAAAAUUCUCUCAAGAAGACCGUUGUGCUGUUUUUUUGAAGGCGGCAGAUCUAAUUACCAACAAGUAUAGGUAUGAUAUGUUGGCAACCACUAUGUUGGGACAGGGUAAGAACGUGUUCCAGGGGGAAAUUGAUUGUAUUGGUGAGCUAGCUGAUUUUUAUAGGUUUAAUGUUAAAUAUAGUUAUGAAUUGUACAAUCAACAACCAUGUGAGUCUGCUAAUGGUGUUUGGAACCGUGCUGAGUAUAGACCAUUGGAAGGGUUUGUUUAUGCGAUAACACCUUUUAAUUUUACUGCUAUUGCUGGUAAUUUAUUUGGCGCACCCGCCUUAAUGGGUAAUACUGUUGUUUGGAAGCCAUCCCAAGCUGCCGUUUUGAGUAAUUACUUGCUAUACAAUAUCAUGGAGGAAGCUGGUUUGCCUAAAGGUGUUGUUAAUUUUGUUCCUGGUGACCCUGUAAUGAUUACCGAACAAGUUUUAAAUAAUAGAGAUUUUAGUGCUUUACAUUUCACAGGUUCCACCGCAGUUUUUAAGAAAAUAUAUGGGGAUAUUCAAAAUGGGGUGGUUAAUAAUAAAUACAGAGAUUAUCCAAGAAUUGUUGGUGAGACAGGUGGUAAGAACUUCCAUCUGGUUCACCCUAGCUGUAAUUUGGAAAAUGCAGUUUUAAAUACUUUAAGGGGUUCAUUUGAAUUUCAAGGUCAGAAAUGUUCUGCUACCAGUAGGCUAUAUUUGCCAAAGUCUAUUUCCAAAAAAUUUAUUGAUAUGUUAAUUGAAAACAUCAAGAAAAUUGGGAAACCAACUAACUGUGCUGAAGACUUGAAUGGCUUCAUGGGACCAGUUAUUCAUGAACAAAGCUUUAACAAAUUAAGUAAAGUUAUUGAAGAUGCUAAAAAGGAUAAUAAUUUAGAAAUUGUUUAUGGUGGCCAUGUUGACAAGAGCAAAGGUUGGUUUGUUGAGCCAACUGUUAUUAAAUGUAAUAAAUUAGAUCACAAAUAUUUAUCAACUGAGUUUUUUGGUCCGAUUUUAACAUAUACAGAAUAUGCAGAUGAAGAUUUUAGUAAAAUAUGUGAAAUUAUAGAUCAAACUGGUGAAUAUGGGUUAACUGGGUCUAUUUUCUGCAAUGAUAGAAGCGCUAUUAAAGAAGCAACUGACAAAUUGAGAUAUAGUGCUGGUAAUUUCUAUAUCAAUGAUAAGUGUACUGGUGCUGUUGUUGGUCAACAGUGGUUUGGUGGUGCUAGAAUGAGUGGUACUAACGAUAAGGCUGGUAGUGGGAAUAUUUUGUCUAGAUUUGUUAGUGUCAGAAAUAUCAAGGAGAAUUUUAUUGAUUUGGAGGAUUUUAAGUAUCCAUCUAAUUUGUAA